UCAGGGGUUUUGCAUCCUCCUAGAGCAGAAAGAAAACUUCUACUACAAGCUUUAACCAGUGCUCUGCUGAGCACUGAUAGAAGUCACAAGACUGCUCUAACUGCUGAUGAGAAAAGGUAUUUAGCAGUUUAUAGUUACUAAAAUAAUUGCAUUUCCAUGUUCUGUGUACUGUGGGAGACCAGAUAUAGUGAAUGCAGGCUCAUGGGUUUAGUAACACUUUAAAUCUGUCUGGAAGAUGAUUGG